AAAAUUAUCAUCUUCCCCAAAAAAACAUUUUUCAGAUCAGAGUAAAAAAUAGAAAAUGUCUGCUACUUUAUUCUACACUACUUCACUCACCUCUUCCUCUUCAAUCCUUCUUCAGGACAGGAGAAAAAGUGGAUUUCAAGUAAGAUGUGAGUUAUUUCCGGUAACUGGGUUAAAUAUAAAGAAAUCAUGUAGUAAAAUCCGAGCGUCAUUUACUGAUUUUUCUGCUGCUUCACCUAACAUCGGUGGAAAGACUGAAUUAGAUGCUUUGUCACGCUAUAGUCAAGCUGUUCCGGAUACCGUUGUCUUCGAUGAUUUCGAGAGGUUUCCUCCUACUGCUGCCACUGUUAGUUCAGCUCUUCUAUUAGGAAUUUGCAGCCUCCCAGAUACAGCUUUUAAGGGUGCUGUGGAUACUGCAUUGGCUGAUAAGGCGUGUUAUGGUCUAGAGACCCCAAAUGCUCGAAUGACAUGUUUUGUUAAUAAGGCUUUAGUAAAUGUUGGUGCCGAGCUAUCAAAGCUAGUGCCUGGUCGUGUUUCAACUGAAGUGGAUGCCCGCCUUGCAUAUGACACACACGCCAUUGUUGGGAAGGUGGAAAACCUGUUGCAAUUGUACAACGGUAUUGGUAUUUCUGCAGAGCGUUUGCUAUUCAAAAUUCCGUCAACUUGGCAAGGAAUCGAGGCAGCAAGAUUGUUGGAGUCUGAGGGUAUACAAACACACAUGACUUUUGUGUACAGCUUUUCUCAAGCUGCGGCUGCUGCUCAAGCUGGUGCUUCUGUUAUUCAAAUUUUUGUCGGACGCCUUAGGGAUUGGGCACGCACCCACAGUGGUGAUCCUGAGAUAGAAGCUGCUCUUAAAAGAGGAGAAGAUCCGGGAUUGGCUUUGGUUACAAAAGCUUACAACUAUAUUCACAAAUACGGACAUAAAUCAAAAUUGAUGGUUGCCUCAAUCCGCAACAAACAGGAUGUGUUCAAUGUUUUAGGGGUUGAUUAUAUCAUCACUCCUUUGAAGAUCUUGCAGGCUCUUAAAGAUUCCGUGACUCCUGAUGACGAUAAGUAUACAUUUGUCAAAAGGCUAUCCUCAGAAUCAGCUGCUGCCUAUAACUUUACUGAGGAAGAGCUAGUAAAGUGGGACCAGCGUAGCUUUGCUGCGGCAAUGGGGCCUGCAGCAUUGGAACUCCUUGCAUCUGGGAUGGAUGGUUAUUCCAACCAAGCAAUGAGGGUGGAAGAACUUUUUGGAAAGAUAUGGCCACCACCAAACGUUUGAACCAUAUGAUCAAAUCAGAAGUUUCUCACCUCAAUCUCGUGUGCUGUUUACGCUUUGUAAUCCACAUUUCAAAACGACACUAGUAGUAUUUAAUCAUGUAGCACUUUGACUCUUUUGGCAUCCAUGUUUUCGAAGAUGAUAGUGAGACGAGACUGUCAAUGAUAAACCAUGUUCUUUUAACUUAUGGGUUGGACGUCUAAUGUUCGGAAGCAGGAUUGGUUAAGUUCUGAAUAAGUUUAUUAUAGAUGCAAAUAGAUGGUGCAGGUAAUUGGGGAGAGCAACAAUAUUUUUGUUUUGUACAUGUAUGUAUAACUAGUAACUAGUUGAUGAUAUGUGACUGAUAACUAAUAUUUUAAUAAGAGAACCAUUUUGUAA